GAAAGGGAUUUUAUUUGUUUAUUUACGGGUCAACUUUCUAUGGGACUAGGAUUUUAAUGCCCCCGUUUACUUCCUCUACCUUGGCCUCCAUGGCUUACACAGCUUCGAAGAAAAACAACCUACAUCUUCUAUAGUUUCGAAACUUUUGCGUUGAGAUUGAAACCAUGGAACUUCUUUCGAGCUGGUGUUAUGAUGGAUCUUUACCAGAAAGUUAUGUGAUGCCACCAGAGAGAAGACCCGGAAAUCUCGUUGUUCCAUUGGAAAAAUCCAUCCCCGUGAUUGAUCUUCAGUGUCAUGAUCCAAAAGAUACCAUUCAACAAAUCCUGAAAGCUAGUCAAGAUUACGGAUUUUUCCAGGUAAUCAAUCAUGGAGUUUCGGAGGAGUUAAUGGAUGAAACGAGGAAUGUUGCAGAAGAAUUCCAUGCUAUGCCUGGGUUGGACAAAGAAAGGGAAUGCGGCAAGGACCCCAACGGAAGCUGCAAACUGUACACGAGCAGCUACGCUUAUCCCAGGGAGGAUUUUCACUAUUGGAGGGAUGCCGUGACGCACCCUUGUCGUCCUUUAGAUGAACGCAUUCAAUAUUGGCCUGAAAAACCAACUAGAUACAGAGAAGUGGUUGGGACGUAUUCGGUUGAAAUGUGGAAGUUGAGUUGUAGGAUCCUAGAGUUUAUAUGUGAAGGAUUAGGGCUUAGCGUCGAUUAUUUCAGCAACGAUCUCACUCAAGUUCCCAAAAUCAUGAUUAAUUAUUACCCUCCAUGCCCCGCACCUAGUUUAACACUGGGAUUAUCUAAACACUGCGAUCCUACCAUCAUUACCAUUCUUCUUCAAGGUCAAAUAAAUGGCCUCCAAGUCUUCAAAGAUGGCCGAUGGAUUGGCGUCCAACCUCUUCCUCAUGCCUUCGUCGUUAAUAUAGGCUACCUUUUACAGAUUAUCAGCAACGGGAAACUAAAAGGAGCUGAACAUCGAGUGGUGACGAACUCGAGAUAUGCUAGGACGACAAUUUGUUUCUUCGUGUAUCCAAGGGAUGAGAGCCUCAUAGAACCGGCUAAAGCUUUGGUUAAUGCAAGCAAUCCUGCAAUUUACAAGGCCUUCAAAUUUGUUGACUUCGUUACUGCUUUCGUACUCAACCCCGAUGAUACCGGUGAAGCUGUUAAGGAGCUCAUAACCCUCAAUCCUUAGACAAGUUUAGUUCAUAUAUAUAAAUUUGUUGCAUAUGUUUUUUGCUUUGUUUUCCCAUUAAUAUUCCCAGGAAUUGUCUUUAUCCAAAGGCAAAUGAAGCUUGUUCUAAAACUCUACGAAUCUCGAAGGUUUCGAAAUUAUGGGAUACAAGAAGAUUUCUUCUUAUUUCGUAA